UUGUACGUCCGCAUUAUGAACGGACCAGAUUAAAUCACGGGAUCCACAACAGUCCACCUGAACCUCUUUCUGGUAGAAGUGGAAGCAGAGUGAGAAAAGAUCCCGAGAUAGCCUACCAGUGAUUUGAUUGAACGUACUGAGAAGAAGAAGACGAAGAAGAAGAAGCAUCAGGAUUCAACCGUAAAUAACAGAAACAAUUCCAACCGUUGGAUCGACGAGAAGACUUCGAGCCGCCGUCCGAUCUGGAGGUGAAUUCCCGAGAGCCAGAUGACGGAUACGAGUCUGGAGUUGCAGGAAUCGGGAUGGGAGGAGCUGAGGAGGGAGGCGAGGAAGAUCGAAGGCGAUCUCGACGUCAAGCUCUCUUCCUACGCCAAGCUCGGUGCUAGGUUUACCCAAGGAGGUUAUGUGGAUACUGGAUCACCAACUGUUGGGUCAAGCAGAUCUUGGAAAUCCAUGGAAAUGGAAAUCCAAUCGUUGCUUGAGAAGCUUUUGGAUAUAAACGAUUCAAUGAGUCGAUGUGCUGCUUCUGCUACACCAGCUACUUCUGUCACUCAGAAACUGGCAAGGCAUAGAGACAUACUUCACGAAUUUACCCAGGAAUUUAGACGAAUUAAGGGAAAUAUAAAUUCAAUGAGGGAACACGCAGAGCUGUUGUGUUCAGUCAGGGAUGACAUCAGUGAGUACAAGGCAUCUGGGAGUAUGUCUCCAAGAAUGCAAUUACUAAGGGAGAGAGCCGCCAUCCAUGGAAGUAUAUCUCAUAUAGAUGAUGUGAUUAGUCAGGCUCAAACAACAAGGGCAGUCUUGGGCUCUCAAAGGGCUUUAUUUGGAGACGUUCAAGGGAAGGUGAAGCUUCUAAGUGACAAGUUUCCCAUCAUCCGUGGCCUACUUGGUUCAAUCAGAAGGCGACGAUCAAGAGACACUCUUAUUCUGUCUGCAGUAAUUGCUGCUUGUACCCUAUUUCUUAUCAUCUAUUGGCUAUCCAAAUAGUUAGAAAUGAGAUUUAUUGAUAAAGAAAAUUAUACACAACAUGGUGGUGCCUUAAUGGAAUUUUGCUUCUUUCUAUUUGUUAGAACAAAGUCAAAUUUUACUGUUUCAAAGAAGUUUGAGGUACCUGUUUGAUGUGCCUU